AUGGCACAGAUGGAAUGGCCUGGAGCUAGGAAAUACAAAGAUAAACCAGUGGCAAAUGCAGAUCUAAUGGAACAGAUUUUCAGUGGGGUUCAUGUAAGUGGAGCUGAAGGGUGGAGUGCUCAGCAAGGUGAAAAUGAGUUAGACAAUAUGGAGGUAGAGAAUGAUGAUGCCGCAUCUGAAGCAAGGCAAACCAAUCCUCCAGCAAGGCAAACCAAUCCUGAACCAGAUGCUCCCUCAUCCUCUAAUGGUCCACGAGUCUCUAAUGCUCCACGAGCCUCUAGUGUCCCAAAGCCUUCUCGGAAAAGGCGUGCAGAACAAGCAGCAGAUGUUAUGAGAAGUAGUCUUCAAUCACGUGAUGAUAUACUCUCUCACAAAAACCACCUAAUAGAAAGCCAUCCAGAUUUGAGUUGCAGCCAGCUUAAGGCUAUGAGUGUCUUGCAUUCACUGUCUAGUAUCAGAAUGUGGUCUCCAUUGUACAAAGCUGCUUAUAAACAUCUCAGGGAAGCUGCUACAAAUCGACAGACGUUCCUAAGUUAUGAAGAUGACGAGAACAAGAUUAUCUAUUUGGAGGAAGAGACCGGUGAAAGCAGAUAUGCAUGA